AUGGCGCAAAUAUUUACUUUUAUUCUUGUUAAAUUAAUCCUGUCCUCGCAGACGAUGGAUAUCCCUGAGGGCGUCACUGUGAAGGUGAACGCUAAGAUCGUGGAGGUGGAGGGCCCGCGUGGCAAGCUCACCCGCGACUUCAAGCAUCUUAAUCUCGACUUCGAGCUCAUUGAGGGCGGGAAGAAGCUGAAGGUGGACGCUUGGUUCGGAUCUCGGAAGACUACGGCCGCCAUCCGCACAUCCUUAAGCCACAUCGAUAACCUGAUCACGGGGGUCACAAAGGGGUACCGCUACAAAAUGCGGUUGGUCUAUGCCCACUUUCCCAUCAAUGCCUCCAUCACUCCCAACAACAGCUGCAUUGAGAUCAAGAACUUCCUUGGGGAGAAAAAGGUCCCACGCCGAGGCCGGCAAGACGUUCGGCUUCCUGAUGCGCGACGGCUACACCUUCUUCGCCAUCGACGACGACGCCGGCGCCGGCAACGCCGAGAUGCUCGCCUUCCUCGAGCACCUACGCGAGGCCUACGAGAACGCUCACAGGAAGGGCAAGAUCGACGGAGAGGUGCUCAACUGGGUCCUCCGGGUCGGAUCCGGCGGGAAACCCAGGAACGGGUCUAAGAACGAUGGAGCCCUCAAGAUCGAGGCGCUCCCGGGGUCUCCGGGCGGCGUGAUCUCAAUGAGCCGGAGCUUGAGCUCCAGGCUCACGGGGCAGCAGCGCGCGACUAAGUUGUGGUGGCGCCGAGUGAAGAUUGUAGCCGCCGUCGACGUGCUACUCUGCCUCACGAUGCUCGCGAUCUGUUGUUUUCUUCUUGUAUGAUCUGUCACCUAUUACGGUGACAAUAAGAGAAGAACGACAUAGUUUUCUUCAUUUCCUAACUCGGCUAUGUGCCGUGCUUGGUGGCACAUUUGCUUUAACAGAUUGUAGUUAUAUCUAAGAGGUCAAGGAAUAUGCAGGCCAAGGUUCGAGGUGCUCUCUAGCCCACAUUUUGCACCUCCUUUGAGCUGGAGCAUUGUUUUUUUUUGGAAGAAUUCAUGUUCCUUUUCAAUCUCAUGUUUAAUGAACCUUUCAAUAAAUUAGUGUUAAUGUAUUCGGAUCACAGAAUGUGAAUUCACAUCUAUUGAUUAUGUGGAAGUUUAAUUAUAAUCAUGCCUCCUCCAUGCUGCUUAGAUUUAUGAGGUUUAAGAAUGAAGGAAGAUUUAUGUGAAUUCACGGAUCUGAAAAAGUACAUCAGAAGUUUCCGCCAGAGCCAUGAAAUGAUGCCACCAAUGACUGUUAAGAUUUUGAUGUAUCAACUCUGCAAAGGAAUUUCAUUCUGUCAUGGUCAUGGAGUGUUGCACAGGGAUCUUAAGCCUCACAAUCUUUUAAUGGACCGCAAGACUAUGAUGCUAAAAGUUGCGGAUCUUGGACUCAGUCGUGCUUUCACCAUUCCCCUCAAGAAAUACAUGCACG